AUGGGAAAACCUUAUAAAUUUCUUACUGAAGGUCCAGUCUUAGUGUUUGAGUACGUUGAUCACCGUGGGUUUCACAAAGUGGCCAAAAGCACUGACCUUCAAGAGACUACAUUCUACAUGCGAGAACUCUUGAUUGCUCUCGACUUUUGCUGUAAUCAUGGCCUCAUCCACCGAGAUAUCAAACUCACGAACAUUCUCAUUGAUGUGGAGAAUAGGAGAUUGCGACUGACUAACUUGGACUGGCAACAACCUAUCAUUCUCACAGGCAUUACUCCUUGUCAGUUUGUACAUUGGAUUACAGGCCACCUGAAGUACUACUUGGAUAUAAGUUGA